AUGACGAUCGACCACAUCCCAGAGCCGACGGACUACAAGCAGACGCAGCCCGUCGCGCCUCUGGCGGAUGAGGAGCGCCAGGCGCUGCAGGCCAAGUACCGCGAGGAGCGUGACAAGCGACUCCGUGCCGACGGUAUCAACCAGUACAAGCCCCUCGGCGGCAUCUUGAAGCUGGACGAGGACAAGGACCCGUACACGAACGUCCAGCCGCGCGAGCCGGUCCACGACCAUGUCGACUUUCUGUUCCUUGGCGGUGGCUUCGCGGGCCUGACGGUGUGCGCGAAGCUGAAGCAGGCGGGCUUUGACUCGAUCCGCAUCCUCGAGAGCGGAGGCGACUUUGGCGGCGUCUGGUACUGGAACCGCUUCCCCGGCGCCAUGUGCGACACGGCCGCCAUGGUCUACCUCCCCAUGAUGGAGGAGGUUGGCACGGUGCCCUCGGCCAAAUAUGUCCGCGGACCAGAGAUUCUCGCCCACGCGCACCGUAUCGCGCGCCACUUCGACCUCUACCCCCACGCUCUGUUCAGCACCCACCUCGAGGAGCUGCGCUGGGACGAGGACCGCAGCGUCUACGUUGUCAAGACGCGCGAGGGCGACGAGUUCACGGCGACCAACGUCGCGAUGGGCACUGGACCCCUGAACCGUCCCCACCUGCCCGGUAUCCCUGGACUGGAGACGUUCAAGGGCCAGGCGAUGCACACCGCUCGCUGGGACUUUGGCGUGACCGGCGGAGGCUGGGACGACGAGGUGCUGGAGGGGUUGAAGGACAAGCGCGUCGGUGUCAUCGGCACGGGCGCCACGGGUGUGCAGUGUAUCCCGACUCUUGGACGCGACUCUGGCUCCCUGCAUGUGUUCCAGCGCACGCCCUCUGCCGUCGCUAUCCGCGGCAACCAUGCGAUUGACAAGGAGUGGUUCAGCCAGCUAGACAAGGGAUGGCAGACCAAGUGGCUGCGCAACUUCUGCCAGCUCAUGUCGACCGGGUACGCCCCCGUCGACUACGUCCAUGAUGGGUGGACCGACGGCGUGCAGCGCAUCACGAAGCGCAUGCUCGAGAUGUGCGCCAAGGAGGGGCGCGCGCCGACCGGAAUGGCAGACUACAUGAAGGCGUACCACCUCAGCGACGACGAGUACACCACCGCCGUGCGCGCACGCACCGACGAGGUCGUCAAGGAUCCCGAGACGGCCGACAAGCUGAAGGCGUGGUACAGGCAGUUCUGCAAACGCCCCACCUUUCAUGACGAGUACUUGCAGACGUUCAACCGGCCGAACGUUACGCUCGUCGACACGGACGGCAAGGGCGUGGAGCGCAUCGACGAGACGGGUGUCUGGGCGAACGGCAAGCACUACGACCUCGACGUACUUGUGUACGCGACAGGCUUCGAGUUCAACUCGGAGUACACAUACAAGUCUGGUCUCGAGGUGUACGGUCGCGGUGGGCGCACGCUCACCGAUGCAUGGAAGGACGGCAUGCAGUCCUUCCAGGGCAUGCACGUGCACGGGUUCCCGAACCUGUUCGUGAUCGGUUUUGCGCAGGGGUCCUCACUCGCGUCCAACAUUACGAGCAACUACACCGAGCACGGGCCCACGGUCCUCAGCAUCCUGCAGAAGAAGAAGGAGCUCGGCGCUAAGACGGUCGAGGUGCCCCAGAAAACGCAGGACGACUGGAUCGAACUCAUCCUCCAGGGCGACCGGGGCAUUAUUGGCGGUCCCGAGUGCACACCCGGCUACUACAACAACGAGGGCCAGGAGGAGGGCCGUCGCGAGCGCCUCAAUGUUGCGCGAUACCCCGCUGGUCCGCUCGCUUUCUUCGACUACAUUGCCGAGUGGCGCGCGAACGGCAAGUUCGAGGGCCUCGAGUUUGAUGGCAAGCCGGUCGAGAUUGCCGCGACUCUGUAG